UCCGUUUCCUUUUCCGCUAUGCGUUUUUUAAACGUCCUAUAAUCAUAGCACUAAGAAUACCAUUUCGGGGAAGUUAGGCAAAAUCAAAGCCACGUGUAGCACGAUGUGUGGAAGGAAUGAUGAACCUAAACGGACACACAAUGAAGGCUGUAACAUCACAAUUGCUGGAAAGCUACUGAUAGUAUUGGACACGAUCAACAAGACCUUACGGGGCCAUUUUGAAUGUUUCCGCGAUAUAAUCGUCUCCCGUCUUAACGGCACCAAUGUAACGCUUGAAAAUCAUGAUGGCAAGAACACGACCAGACUUUUAAACAAAAUGAACGACUUACAAACAGAAUUUGAUGGGACCGAUGAAGCAGGCAUGGCGCUGAUAUUAUCAGACAGGGAAAACACGUCUAAAACAUUUGAUAGUUUGGAUUCGGCACAAGAACCUUACAUCUUUUUCAUAAAUGUUGGACAGAGCACAAAUGAAACGGAUUCUUGUUACCGUCACUACAAAAAUAUCCAAACGGAAUCGGAGUUGCCGGGAAUUGGAUUGGAACUGGAGUCAACUGCAUGUAAUCCCUAUGCUGAGCACAUGAGAACGUUAUGCCCGGGUAGAUUUACCACACCCUCAGCAAACAUCCAUUCUUCACCAGGUUCUCCGUCAUCAGGUACAGUGAACUUAUCCAUUGUGGUACCUAGCGUUAUCGGGGCUUUUAUUCUGGCUGUUGUGCUUGUGUUAUGUAUAAUUUUCUCGCCAAGACAUAAAAGGAAACCCAAACGAGAUACUUUUGUGGAGUUCUCCGCAGUUGGAAGCAGAUUUAGAAAUCAGACCGUGUUAACAGAUGCACCGAAACAUUGCUCCUCUCCCAGGGUAACGACCGAUUUAUACACUGCUGUGUGGGAAAAGAAUGGGAGCACAGACGAAAACCAGGAAAAUUAUCAUCUGGACAGAUAUUUUGUUAAACAAGAGACCGAAUCUUCAUUGUAUGAGCACAUGAUCAAUGGAGGGGAUGACUUAGAUGUUUUUGAACCGCCAACUUAAAACGUAUAUGUACCCGAUGUCCUGUACCUCAAUAGAUCACAGAGGCUGUUUAAACUUUAAUUUUUUUAAGGUUGAUUACCAAGCAAGUUCUACAACAUAAGAUAUUAACGAUUCUUGUCAGUUGAAAUAUUUUUGCCAUGAGGUCAUUGAUUCGAAGGAAAUACUUGAGUACCCAGAGAAAACCCACAUGUAAGUGAACAACCAUAUUGCAUGUGUCCUCUCAAAGCUGAAGAUUGAGAGUAUCAACGGUGAAAAAACAAAUAUGGUAACCACUGCGCUACCCCCUCCACUCACAAAGACAGCAUGUGAUUUUGUGAAUAUAUGAAUUUUGUAAAUAGUUUAUAAACAUUGAGAUACUUGACCUGGACAAAUGUACGUAAUAAGCCAU